ACAAUUCAUCUUCUUCUUCCUUUUCAUUCUUUAUUCAUUCAAUUCUUCUCUCAAUAUUUUAUUUUCACUCUUUUUGGCCUUGAAAGUCUCAAGAUUUCAAUUUACUUUGCCAAUUUCUAUCUUCAUCUGGAUUUCAUUUCAUAGCUUCAACUUGUGAACAUGAUCAAAUUUUGAUUAAGUUUCAAUCUUUCUGAGUUUGUUUCCCAUAUUAUCUUCCUAAAUUUUGUGGGGUGGUUGAUUUAGGAUCUUCAUUGGGUUCAAGAAAAAAGAAAUCUUUACCAUGGUUUUGAGGGUUUCUUUCUUUCUGGUUCUCCUUGUGACAUGCUCUGUGGUGGAGGUCAUUUCUGGGAAUCAAAAUCACAAUCACAAUAGUCUCAUCAACAAUGGAUCUUCUCUGGCUGCAAUAAAGUUCCCUGAUCACCCAAGUUUCAAUGUUGUCUCUGAGGACUCAGGUUGCAGCUUCUCAAAUUCAGAGAAACUAGGGAAUCUUGAUGAUGAUGAAGGUGGAAAGGGUGAGGCUUCUGUAGCAGAAAAACCACACAAGCAACCAUUGAAGCUCCAUUUGAAACACAGGCCAGUGAGCAGUGAUGUUGGACCAGAAAAGAAGUCUUUGUUUGAUUUCACAGCCAAGGACUUGAUCAGAAUUCAGACCCUUCAUAGAAGGUUCAUGGAAAAGAAGAACCAAAACACCAUUUCAAGGCUGCAAAAGCAAUCAAGUUCAAAGCAGUCCUACAAUCCGGGGCGGGCGGUGGCGGUUUCUCCGGCGGCUUCACCGCCGGAAUAUUUUUCAUCCAGCCAGCUUGUGGCAACCUUGGAAUCAGGGGUGAGUCUUGGCUCUGGUGAGUACUUCAUGGAUGUGUUUAUUGGAACCCCUCCUAAGCAUUUUUCCCUGAUACUUGACACUGGUAGUGACCUUAAUUGGAUUCAAUGUGUUCCUUGCAUUGCUUGUUUUGAGCAAAGUGGACCUUAUUAUGAUCCUAAGGAUUCUAGUUCUUUUAAGAACAUAAGCUGCCAUGAUCCUAGGUGCCAAUUGGUUUCAUCCCCUGAUCCACCAAAGCCUUGCAAGGAUGAGAAUCAAACUUGUCCUUACUUCUACUGGUAUGGUGAUAGUUCCAACACAACUGGUGAUUUUGCAGUGGAAACUUUCACUGUUAAUCUCACCCAUAAUGGGAAUUCAGAGCUCAAACAUGUGGAGAAUGUGAUGUUUGGUUGUGGUCAUUGGAAUAGAGGUCUAUUUCAUGGAGCUGCUGGUUUGCUAGGAUUGGGAAAAGGACCAUUAUCUUUUGCUUCUCAGCUUCAAUCUCUCUAUGGUCAUUCCUUUUCCUAUUGUCUUGUGGAUAGGAACAGCAACUCAAGUGUUAGCAGCAAGUUGAUUUUUGGUGAGGAUAAAGAGCUUCUCAGCCACCCCAAUUUGAAUUUCACCUCUUUUGUUGGUGGCAAAGAGAAAGAGAAUCAAGUUGAUACAUUCUACUAUGUUCAGAUAAAAUCUGUGAUGGUUGAUGGUGAGGUGCUGAAGAUACCAGAGGAGACUUGGAAUUUAACAGCAGAAGGUGCUGGUGGCACAAUAAUUGAUUCUGGCACAACCCUAACUUAUUUUGCUGACCCUGCUUAUGAGAUUAUAAAACAAGCUUUUGUGAAGAAAAUCAAGGGCUAUGAACUUGUUGAAGGGCUUCCUCCUCUGAAGCCAUGUUACAAUGUGUCAGGGAUUGAGAAGAUGGAGCUACCUGAUUUUGGGAUCUUGUUUGCAGAUGGAGCAGUUUGGGACUUUCCAGUGGAGAAUUACUUUAUUCAGAUUGAAUCUGAUGUUGUUUGUUUGGCUAUUUUGGGGACUCCUAGGUCUGCUCUUUCAAUAAUUGGAAACUAUCAGCAGCAGAAUUUUCACAUACUCUAUGAUAUGAAGAAAUCUAGACUAGGGUAUGCACCAAUGAAGUGUGCUGAUGUGUCGGAAUCGGCGAAAAUGGUUGCAUUCAAGUUUCACCAGUACCAAGUUGUGGGAAGAGCUCUCCCUACCGAAUCCGAUGACCACCCCAAGAUCUACCGGAUGAAGCUUUGGGCCACCAAUGAGGUCCGUGCCAAAUCCAAGUUCUGGUAUUUCCUGAGGAAGUUGAAGAAGGUGAAGAAGAGUAAUGGGCAAGUGCUAGCUAUCAAUGAGAUUUUUGAGAAAAAUCCUACCACUAUUAAGAACUAUGGAAUUUGGCUGCGUUAUCAGAGUCGUACCGGUUAUCACAAUAUGUACAAGGAAUACCGAGAUACCACUCUGAAUGGUGCUGUUGAGCACAUGUACAACGAAAUGGCAUCUCGUCACAGGGUGAGGUCUCCAUGCAUUCAGAUCAUCAAGACUGCCACCGUCCCAGCUAAGCUGUGCAAAAGGGAGAGCACAAAGCAGUUCCACAACUCCAAGAUCAAGUUCCCUUUGGUGUACAAGAAGAUUAGGCCCCCAACUAGGAAGCUGAAGACAACAUACAAAGCAUCCAGGCCCAACCUGUUUAUGUGAUUACUCAGUUAAUCGCAUUUUGAUUCAUUAGUAAACAUUGGAAGUACUGGCAACUACAGACAUAGCUUGCAUUUUUUCCAGCGUUGAGUUUGUUUUUUUAAGGUUUUUUAUUUUAUAUCUUAUCAUGGAGCCCUUUACUUUUCUCUUUUUGAUGUAUUCCUUCAAGGUCAAUUUUGAAUUUAGUGAUCACUUUUUGUUUGCA